UUGGGGGCGGGGGAUCCGGCUUCCCGAUUGGCCGCCUCGCGCCCCGCCCCGCCCGGGAUCCCGGGAGCUGUCCGGCCGCCUCGGUGCUGAUCCCGCCGCCGCCCACGGGCCGCGAGCCGCGCAGAGGGCACUAUGAGCGGCGGCGUCUACGGCGGAGAUGAGGUGGGGGCGCUGGUCUUUGACAUUGGCUCCUUCUCAGUCCGAGCUGGGUACGCUGGGGAGGACUGCCCCAAGGCUGACUUCCCCACCACGGUGGGGCUGCUGGCCGCGGAGGAGGGGGGCGGGCUGGAGCUGGAGGGGGACAAAGAGAAGAAAGGGAAGAUCUUUCACAUCGACACCAAUGCCCUGCACGUGCCUCGGGAUGGAGCAGAGGUCAUGUCGCCCCUGAAGAAUGGCAUGAUUGAGGAUUGGGAGUGCUUCCGAGCCAUCCUGGAUCACACCUACAGCAAACAUGUCAAGUCUGAGCCAAACCUGCACCCAGUGCUCAUGUCCGAGGCUCCGUGGAACACACGGGCCAAGCGGGAGAAGCUGACAGAGCUGAUGUUUGAGCAGUACAACAUCCCUGCUUUCUUCUUAUGCAAGACGGCCGUGCUCACCGCCUUUGCAAAUGGGCGCUCCACGGGCCUCGUGCUGGAUAGCGGGGCCACCCACACCACGGCCAUUCCAGUACACGAUGGCUACGUCCUGCAGCAAGGCAUCGUCAAGUCCCCUCUGGCAGGGGACUUCAUCUCCAUGCAGUGCCGGGAGCUGUUCCAGGAGAUGGCCAUCGACAUCAUCCCACCUUACAUGAUCGCAGCCAAGGAGCCUGUCCGGGAGGGCGCCCCCCCAAACUGGAAGAAGAAGGAGAAGCUACCCCAGGUCUCCAAGUCCUGGCAUAACUACAUGUGUAACGAGGUGAUCCAGGACUUCCAGGCCUCUGUGCUCCAGGUCUCAGACUCCCCCUACGAUGAACAGGUGGCUGCACAAAUGCCCACAGUGCAUUACGAAAUGCCCAACGGCUACAACACAGACUACGGCGCCGAGCGACUCCGCAUCCCCGAGGGCCUGUUUGAUCCCUCAAACGUCAAGGGCUUGUCGGGGAACACCAUGUUGGGCGUGGGCCACGUGGUAACCACCAGCAUCGGCAUGUGUGACAUUGACAUUCGCCCGGGCCUGUACGGGAGUGUCAUUGUCACCGGCGGGAACACACUGCUGCAGGGCUUCACCGACAGGCUCAAUCGAGAGCUUUCCCAGAAGACCCCACCGAGCAUGCGACUGAAACUCAUCGCCAGCAACAGCACCAUGGAGCGCAAGUUCAGCCCCUGGAUCGGGGGUUCCAUCCUCGCCUCACUGAGCACAUCUCAAUUUGGACCAGGAGUUGUGAGCCACAGAAGGCCAGUGGCCACUACAUUGGACAGCACAUUUGCACAGGGAAUACUCACAGGCAUGCUGUAAUGGUGAAGGCUGCAGAUGGGGUGCCACAGUGUUGGAAUGGUGAGGUGGAGGGAACAUCCUCCUUCGGAAGAAGGGAGACUUGCGGUGUUUGGUAGCCCUGUUGGAGUGGGGAGAGGACACCUGAGGGGAGGACUGUGUAUGCGUAGUGGGUGUUGGGUGCUGGGUGCAGGUUGGCUGGCCUGGGGCUGUAUGUGCCACCCCCCAGCUCAGGAACAGGGCAGAGACUGCUGUUCAAUAAAUACUUGAAUGAAUGAAUGAUUGAUUGAAUGGUAUGAAGAGGAUACUCUCCCUCUGAGGUGGGGAGGGGUUUCAGAGGGAUGUGGACCCUAGGGACCGUUGGAGCCUGUUGGAGGGUUCCCAGGGGCUGCACCUGCCCAUCCACACCUCCCUCCAAGGCCACCCUGAUCCUCAUGUUGCCUCCUC